UUAUGCUGGGGAUUUUGCGAGGUGUCAUUCAAAUUUGAGAUGGUUUUCUUGGCAUUCUCCUCAUGACUUUAGGGCAGCCAAUAUGUAUUUGGAUCAUCUUGUUGUUUGUAAACUCGACACUAUUGACUUCAAGGAUGAUUCAAAAGCAUGGGACUUGAUUAAGAGGGCACAAAAUUUAAGAGUUCUAUCUGUUACUCGGUGUUCUAGCAUAACAAAAAUCCCAGACUUCUCUAGAUGCUCGCAUCUAGAGAGGUUGACUCUUGCAAACUGCUUCAAUCUAGAGAGAAUUGAGAGCUUCAUAGGAGAUCUAGUGUCAUUGAUUGAAUUAAAGAUCGAAGAGUGCGAUGGUCUUACUGAUUUGCCUAAAGAACUGGGGGCAUUGGUGAAGCUUAAGCACUUUUCAUUGUCAGGAUGUAGAGGGUUGAGAGAACUUCUAGGUUCACUUGGAAAUUUAACCUCAUUAAUAGAGUUGGACUUAUCAGGUACCAACAUUGCUAAAACUCCUAGAAUGCCUUUGUUGGGUCAUGCACAGGAGAUUCCUCUGGAUACAUCUGACUUUAAAUCCAAGUCAGACAAGACCGAAGGCGGUGAAAAGGCCAUAGCUUCGUGGAUGAGCAAAGAAUCUUGCAAACAAGAAAUGGAACAGACCGAACGCGAGGAAAAGGCCAAAGCUUGGUGGAAGAGCAAAGAAUUUUUCAAACAGGAAAUGGAAAUGACAAAGACGGAAGGCGGGGAAAAGCCUACAGUUUGUUGGACGAGCAAAGAAUCUUGUAAACAGGAAAUGGAACAGACCAAAGGCGAGGAAAAGGCCACAUCUUGGUGGACGGGCAAAGAACAUUGCAAACCUGAGAUAGAACAGAAUGAGGGCAAGGAAAAGGCCACAGAAUGGUGGACGAGCAAAGAAUCUUGCAAACAGGAAAUGGAACAGACAAAGACCGAUGGCGGGGAAAAGGCCACAGCUUGGUGGACGAGCAAAGAAUCUUGCAAACAGGAAAUGGAACAGGUUAGUGAUUAGUUGAGACGAUUGUGACCCAAUUCUCUUGUGUCUUCUCUUAGAUUGCUGCUUUUUAUCCUUUUGCUCACUUAUCUCUA